UUUGUCAUGCAUAUACAUUUUUCGAAUUUCGAGAUUUAAGAUAUUUAAUUACAUUUAAUUGGAAUACAUUGCAGUGCCGAUUAAGCUUUUGAAAAAUAACGCUUGGAAGUUAGUUUGAACAAGAAACGUGUUUAAGGGCUUAUCUAAAAAAACAGAAUGGCGGGACGGCUAACUGAAAAACAAAAGGAUCAACUCGAAACUUGGAUUGGUUCUGGACCCAAGACUUUUAAACUCAUAUACAACAUCACACGGGUCGAAUGCAGUGCCCAAGAAUUUCACCGAACAUGCGACAACCAGGGACCCACCGUGACGGUUCUCUAUAACCCAGAGGGCUCCGUGUACGGCGGGUACGCUGGUAUUAGUUGGCAGAGCAAUGGAGGAUACAUGGAAGAUGAGAGCGCGUUUAUCUUUCAAUUGAUGUACUCAGGAAAACUUGUUUUGAAUACAUUUCGACCCAAAGACGCUUCAAAGGCGUUGCGGUUUCAAGCACAGGACGGUCCUUGUUUUGGUUGCCCAGAUUUACUAACAUUUACCGGUGACGUGGCGAUGUCUGUUGAAGGAUACUUCUGUCUAAAUGGAAGAGUUUCUCUAAAUAAUUAUUUUAAGGACAAAAGUGUUCCAAACACAAAUAUAAACAACGGACAUAUGAAGACUGCUGAGAUUGAGGUUUACUCUGUCAACGAUGUUAAACUACGCCCGGAAACGAAAGCUUUUAUUAGCACCAAGAAAACGCAAUGUACAGGUUACAUUUGGAGAAACGCUUUGGACUUAACUGAUGAGACAGUAAAAUCCCUCUGCCAGGAAAUCAGAGAAGUCAGACCGAAGACUGGAACUGACGUCACAGACUUUCGUUUGCUGUUGAUUGGUCCAAUCGGGGCCGGAAAAUCAAGCUUCAUCAAUACUGCCAUGUCCGCUUUCACCAGUAGGGUCAUGCACAAGGCUCCUGUUGGUACUUCGGAAACUGGGCUUACCAAACAGUUCAUACCUUAUCAAGUACGCGAGACGGACGGUUCGCUUUUGCACUUCCGUCUUUGUGACACGCCUGGCCUUGGAGACACUUCCUCAAUAGAUGCAAUCAAUUUGCACUUUCUUUUGGACGGACAUAUACCGCCAUCAUUUGAGUUUUCCUCGUCGCGACAUGUGAGCGCAAAGACUGUCGGCUAUAUUUCGAAACCUGCACUAGCACAAGAAAUUCACAGCGUUGCUCUUGUGCUAGACGCCUCCACAGUCAAUGGAAUGUCUUCAACAGACACAUCUUUGCUUAACUACUGCAAAAGAUUGAUAUUAGAAAAAGCCAUACCUUUCGUGGUAAUUUUGACCAAAAUCGACAAACUUCACGAAGAAAUUGCAGACAACCUAACUGACGUAUUUAAGCGUCCAGAGGUCAACCAAGCUGUAGAAAAGGUCAGCGAGGCGCUGGGUAUUCCACCAAACCACGUUUUCCCUGUGAAAAACCACUACCGCGAGGUGGAAACAGAAAUGUCAGUUAAUGCUCUUUCUCUUAUGGCGCUUCGGAAGAUGGUACUGUUGGCAUCGGAUGUUUUGGACGUACGCACUUCCAGUAGCAAAGAAAAUCAAGCGGAUUUAGCCGUGACAGAAUCUAAUUCUGCGUAAAUUGUUUUUUUACAGAUGAAGCGACAGUAACAAUUAACAAUGAAGACAAAACUUAAAAAAAUGUUAUUUCUGGAUGUUUUGUCAAUCCAUUACAAACCGUCCACAAAAUCAGGAAACCAUUGUAUAUUAGUUCAGCCUAAAAUACAUAAUAUGGUACAUGUAUUUAUUUCUAGAAAGAAAAGUCGAAGGUAUCGUUUUAACCACAUCAUCAAUCGUUACCGAAAUCAAUGACAUGGUUUCUAAGCAACCUGAUUGUUUUGUAGAAGCUUUAAAAAUCAUUUAAGUUGUAUAUGUUGUCUUGUGUGUGUGUGUGUGUGCGUGCGUGCGUGCGUGCGUGUGUGCCGUUAUACAAUAGACAAUGUUCUUCACAGAGGUCAAGCACUAUGUGAGUAAGCGAGCCUUACAUAAUUUCGUGACGAGUUGAAUAAAAGUGUGUAUUUUAUAUCAUGACGAGUGUCAGACUCUUUUUAUCAGAGACGUUUUCCAGUGAAUAAUAGCAAAAACGACUUACCUGUUUCAUCUGCUCUAGUGAUGUGCCGAAUAUCGCAAAGCAGUGCCACUUUCCGCGCUACAUGCAUUGCAGAAAUGUACUACCCGGAAUAAUUUAGAAUCAUGGAUACAUCCGAUAUUAUUUUAAUCCGUUAAUACGUAAAAUGCAUACUUAACAUACAUCAAGUAAGAAUUACAACAAAAACCCUAUACUUUUAACGAUUUUUUUCACUUCAAAAAGUGACAUAUCAAGUUUGAACACAUUAAGUUUCGAACGUCUAAAAAUGUUUCUAAUCAAAACACCAAGACACAAUACCACGCUUUCAUCGUUAAAAUAAGAAAGAAAUUACACUUUUGACUUACUAGAAUAUUGCAAAUAAAAAAUUUCUUGUUUGUUCACAAAUAUGCGGAUUUAUAUGUUUUCUGACCAAUAAAAAUAAAGCAAUGUACACAUUUGUAAUACAGGAAAAUACGUGAUUUAUUUAAAAGUAUGCGUGACGGAAAAUAUCACUUUCAACGUAACUUUAAAGUUAUUUUGCUGAUCAGAUUUCCAUAGUAUUUGGUUUGCAGGGUUCUGACUUAAUUAAUGUUGUUGUUUUGGGUUUUAUUUAAUCCUCUUGAAGGAGAGGAGUAAACAACCCUUAUCAUAAUGUUGUUGCUGAGAUAAUAGAUGCAUUUGUUAUACAAAAGCUGUUUUAGUUUCGUUUUCAUGAUAAAGUUGUUGCUUUACUUUGUUUGCAUACAUUGCAUAUGCGUUUGUUUUUACUUCUUUCAUUUGAAAGCUGUGUUGUAGUCUUGUUUUCAUAAUUUAGAUUUGAAUUCAUUUCAUAUGCGUUUGUUUUAACAUUUGUUGAUAUAUACUUAAACAGCUGAGGUAAAAAACACAUAAUGUUGUGGCUACAGUUUUAGAUACUUGUUUUAAUGUUAAAGCUAUGUUAAAGCUUUGUUGUAGCAUUAUUUUUACAUUCUAGUUGAUGUAAUUGCAUUUGAGUUUUUUUUUUACAUUUGUAAGAUAUGUACUCAAAAGAUGAAGUAAAGAACAUAAUGCUGUGCUACAGUUUUAGAUACUGUAUUAAUAUUUAAGCUAUGUUGUAGCAUUCUUUUCAUAAUUAGUUCGAUUGAAUUAAUUUUAAUACAUUGCAAUUGCGUUUGUUUUAACAUUUGUAAGAUAUGUAUUAACAUAUUUGAAGAAAUAUUACUAACCAUAAUGUAUUGUCUAUAAUUUUAGAUACUAGCUAAAAGAUAAAGCUUGGUUUCAUAAUUAAGUUGUUAGUUAAUUUGAAUACAUUGUACUUGCGUUUGUUUUAACAUUGGUAAGAUGUGUACUAACAUAUUUGAAGAAAAAUCUAACCAUAAUGUUGUGGCUACAGUUUUAUAUACGUUAUAAUGUUAAAACUGUGUUGAAGUAUUGUUUUCAUAAUUAAAAUAAUUUGAUUAGUUUGCAUACAACGCACUUGCGUGUAUGUUUACAGUUUUUACAAUGUUUAGAUAUGUUUUACAACUACUUCUCAAUGCACUCUUCUUCACGCUCAAAAAACUGUGUAUUCUCGCAUAACUAUGUGUUUUCCAUUAUUAUGUAUUUUCGCAUAACUGUGUGUUUUAUGUACAUUCUAAUAUAUAAACUAAAAUUUCGUAUCUGAAGACUGGAAUAUAAGUUUGAUGUUAUUUACGUUUUAACAUGUGAAUAAGUCGUGCAGAUAACGCUGUAUAAUUAUUCAAUGUCAGUGUUGCUGUUGUGCGCAGUACUCACUUGUUUUAGACAAUGGUAUUUUACCGAUUGGGUGACUAAAAUUUUGAGUGCGUUAUUUAUUUCGGAUGUUCAAAAUAUUAAGAUAAAAAUUGAAAAGCA